GUUCAACAUUCGAAAAAAGCGCAUUUUUGAGUGAGCGUCAGUUAGCAGCACUGGAGUGAGAGGAUUACGUGAUUACCGUAUACAUUUUUCAAAAGCCCUCUCUUCAAGGGGAAUUUCUUUUGGAGAAAAAUGAAUGUCUUAAAAAUUAUGAAGUCAGAAGGACUACAUAGAGAAUCCAAAAUUGGACAAAUUGGUCCUUAUCCACUUUAUGUGAAAAGUUUUGAAUCACUAAUAGACAACAACAAAGUGUCUGAUGAGGUCAUGGAUGCCUUGUUUCACCUGUUCAGCAUGAGGCAACCUGAUGUUCUGGCUAUUAAUACCCACACCCUGACUGAUAUUCUGGAAGGGAAACCAAGAGCAAGGAGCCGUUACUUUACCAAGAGGAACAUCUUUGAAAACAUAAAGGAGAUCAUCGGUCCCUAUCUGGAGUGUGGGAAUCACUGGACCUUUUUUCACUGCAGUAUUGUUGAUCAUACUAUUACUUACUUAAAUUCACUGGGGGAAGAAGAUGAACAGUACUACAAAUUAGCAGAAAAUUGGAGCAUAUUUGCUGCAUCAAAAGGCUACCGGGGACCGUGGAAAAGAACAAAGAGGAACCAUACCCUUCAGAAUGACACUAUUUCAUGUGGCGUUUUUACAGCAGUGUUUGCUGAGGCUUUUUUAGGUGACACAAGGGGCUAUCUUGCAUGCUCGCCUGUACUGCAGGAGAGAGAACGACUGGGGAUAUUUCUAUUCAGUUCACUUGGGGGAUUUCUGGUGGAAAGUGUUUUGAAGGUUUCGGACUUUAACCAAGCAAAAAGAUACCUGGUUACAUCAGAAGAACUGCAAAGGAGAUGCUCCCUACCAGAAUGCUACUCCGCAAACACAGUAGUGGCCUACCUACGGAAGGCCAAGGGCCAAAAACAGAAAAUUACAGAGAAGUUGGUGGAGUUGGAGGUGACGCCCUCAAAGCGCACAAAGUUAACUUCACAGUGCUCAAAACUUUGUGAAGAUGAAUGCAGCGAUCUGGCUGGUGAUUUAACAUACUUGGCAGCAAAAUUCAUUCCCCAGAAAAAGGUGGCUCAAGCCUUGUUGGAAGAGGGGAAUUUACAUACAGCCAUGGCCAAAACAGAAGAAUGCAGGAAGACAUUGAAAGCUGUACAGAAUGCUUUAGAGUCUAAUUGGGAAACAUAUGAUCUGGCAACACAUGGUCUUGGGCCUGCUGUUAUAAAAGGGACCUUUUCAUUAAUUGAUUCAUGCCUAGUUAGGGUCUUCAGGAUUACUAGAAACUUCGAGACAGGUGUGUUUGGGCUGGUUGGAGCUAAACUCUGCAAGAAACUGGCCCUCCAGGAACCGAGUUUGACACCCCUGAUCUAA